CCUUCAUUCUUCUCUUUCAUUUUCAUUUUACCAGCGGCGUCCUCUGUUCACUCUGUUUCUACUCUGAAGAACGAACCAUGGCGUACGCGAAACCCACGAAACCCGGUUUGGAGGAAUCACAAGAACAGAUCCACAAAAUUAGGAUCACCCUUUCCUCCAAGCACGUCAAAAAUCUCGAAAAGGUUUGUGCUGAUUUGGUUCGUGGUGCUAAGGAUAAGCAUCUUAGAGUGAAGGGACCAGUUAGGAUUCCAACUAAGGUUCUUAAUAUCACUACUAGGAAGACCCCUUGUGGUGAAGGUACCAACACCUGGGACAGAUUUGAACUUCGGGUGCACAAGAGAGUCAUUGACCUCUACAGUUCCCCGGAUGUUGUUAAGCAGAUUACCUCUAUCACCAUUGAACCUGGUGUCGAGGUUGAGGUGACCAUUGCAGAUGCCUGAUUGUGAUCCCAAAUUUAACUCGUUAUGUGUACUAUUUCUUUUUUGCCGCCUGUAUUUUGAUAGUAUUGGUAUCGGGACAAAGUUGGCUUGUUUUCUUUUCUUUUAUGGUUCUGAACAUUAAUGAGUACCUUGAGAAAACGUCAUGCUUAAUAUGUUUUAGAUUAUUGUUGAAUUAUUUAUUUUGAUACUAUAUCAAAACAUAUUAUUUUUUGUGCUCA